AUGUCAUCAAAGGAUAACGAUAAAGUAUCCCAGGAAACACCUUUGGAGGAAGACUAUCUGGAGGUCGCAAACGAGAGGAAACAAGAAGGCAAUGACCAUUUCCGCGCUGGAAAGUGGAAUGAGGCCCUAGUUGCGUAUCGAUCGGCGCUUAACUGUCUUCCAAAAAGGCCUGCAAGUCCCCGGGCGGAGAAAUCUCAGUUAGGGGAGGAUGAUGAAGGAGGAGAACCAGAACCAACUCCCGAUUUGCCCAAGGCUGAGGAAGAUGUCAUCGACUUAUCAUCUCCGGCUGUUAGUGAGGUUGACAAGGAGGCAGCGCGUCUUCGGGCAGUGCUGAACGCGAACAUGGGCGCAUGCUUUGUAAAACUGGGUGACCACAAAGAGGCCGUGAAGCUAUGUACCGAAGCAAUUCGCGACGACCCAACGUAUAUCAAGGCUCGAGAAAGAAGGGCGGCAUCUAAUGAUGCGCUAAACACAUGGACGAGCCUUACCUCUGUUCAAGAAGAUUAUGAAGCUCUCCUCAAAUUAAUCGAUUCGCCCUCUCAACAAUCUGAUAUCAGGCGGAAACUCCAACUACUGAAACCACGUUUAGAAGCAGCACAGAAACGCGAAACGGAUGAAAUGUUGGGUAAACUGAAAAGCCUGGGUAAUAGUAUAUUAGGAAACUUUGGGCUUUCAACGGACAACUUCAAGUUUGAGCCAAAUGGUUCUGGGGGAUAUUCAAUGAACUUUACUCGUUGA